GAAAUCGGAGGUGCAGCUCACGGCGCUGUUUCUUCCGGAGUCCUGGAUCUGAGCAAGCGCUGUCUUAUGCGUCAUCAUCCCGCGCAGGCACAGGAAGUGCCACACAGAGGGAACCGCUGUCGUUGUCUCGAAUUCUGGGCCGGAGGCCGGCUAUUGUGUCAUGAUUACGCGCCAACACAGAAAGUGACGAUACUCCUGGCGCGCGCCGGUAGCUGUUUCUUCUCUGGCUCCGGGACCGGCGGCGGCGGCGGCGGCGGCGGCGGCGUAGGGUGUUUUAACUCAAAUGGGUGAUGAAAAGGACUCUUGGAAAGUGAAAACUUUAGAUGAAAUUCUUCAGGAAAAGAAACGAAGGAAGGAACAAGAGGAGAAAGCAGAGAUAAAACGCUUAAAAAAUUCUGAUGACCGGGAUUCCAAGCGGGAUUCCCUUGAGGAGGGGGAGCUGAGAGAUCACCGCAUGGAGAUCACAAUAAGGAACUCCCCAUACAGAAGAGAAGACUCUAUGGAAGACAGAGGAGAAGAAGAUGAUUCUUUGGCCAUCAAACCACCCCAGCAAAUGUCGCGGAAAGAAAAAGCUCAUCACAGAAAAGAUGAAAAGAGAAAAGAGAAACGUAGGCAUCGUAGCCAUUCAGCAGAAGGGGGGAAGCACGCUAGAGUGAAAGAAAAAGAAAGAGAGCACGAACGUCGGAAACGCCAUCGAGAAGAACAGGAUAAAGCUCGCCGGGAAUGGGAAAGACAGAAGAGAAGGGAAAUGGCAAGGGAGCAUUCCAGGAGAGAGAGGGACCGCCUGGAGCAGUUAGAAAGGAAGCGGGAGCGGGAGCGCAAGAUGCGGGAGCAGCAGAAGGAGCAGCGGGAGCAGAAGGAGCGCGAGCGGCGGGCGGAGGAGCGGCGCAAGGAGCGGGAGGCCCGCAGGGAAGUGUCCGCACAUCACCGAACGAUGAGAGAGGACUACAGCGACAAAGUGAAAGCCAGCCACUGGAGUCGAAGCCCGCCGCGGCCGCCACGGGAGCGGUUCGAGCUGGGAGACAGCCGGAAGCCAGUAAAAGAAGAGAAAAUGGAAGAAAGAGACCUGCUGUCCGACUUACAGGACAUCAGCGACAGCGAGAGGAAGACCAGCUCAGCCGAGUCCUCAUCAGCGGAAUCAGGCUCAGGUUCUGAGGAGGAAGAGGAGGAGGAGGAAGAGGAGGAGGAGGAAGGAAGCACCAGUGAAGAAUCAGAGGAGGAGGAGGAGGAGGAAGAGGAGGAGGAGGAGACCGGCAGCAACUCUGAGGAGGCGUCAGAGCAGUCUGCUGAAGAAGUAAGUGAGGAAGAAAUGAGUGAAGAUGAAGAACGAGAAAACGAAAAUCACCUCUUGGUUGUUCCAGAGUCACGGUUUGACCGAGAUUCCGGGGAAAGUGAAGAAGCAGAGGAAGAAGUGGGUGAGGGGACGCCGCAGAGCAGCGCCCUGACAGAGGGUGACUACGUGCCCGACUCCCCCGCCCUGUCACCCAUCGAGCUCAAGCAGGAGCUGCCCAAGUACCUGCCGGCCCUGCAGGGCUGCCGGAGCGUCGAGGAGUUCCAGUGCCUGAACAGGAUUGAGGAGGGCACCUAUGGAGUGGUCUACAGAGCAAAAGAUAAGAAAACAGAUGAAAUUGUGGCUCUGAAGCGGCUGAAGAUGGAGAAGGAGAAGGAGGGCUUCCCGAUCACGUCGCUGAGGGAGAUCAACACCAUCCUCAAGGCCCAGCAUCCCAACAUCGUCACCGUCAGAGAGAUCGUGGUGGGCAGCAACAUGGACAAGAUCUACAUCGUGAUGAACUACGUGGAGCACGACCUCAAGAGCCUGAUGGAGACCAUGAAGCAGCCCUUCCUGCCAGGGGAGGUGAAGACCCUGAUGAUCCAGCUGCUACGGGGGGUGAAGCACCUGCACGACAACUGGAUCCUGCACCGUGACCUCAAGACGUCCAACUUGCUGCUGAGCCACGCUGGCAUCCUCAAGGUGGGUGACUUCGGGCUGGCGCGGGAGUACGGGUCUCCUCUGAAGGCCUACACCCCGGUUGUGGUGACCCUGUGGUACCGCGCCCCAGAGCUGCUGCUUGGUGCCAAGGAAUACUCCACGGCCGUCGACAUGUGGUCGGUGGGCUGCAUCUUCGGGGAGCUGCUGACUCAGAAGCCUCUGUUCCCCGGGAAGUCGGACAUUGAUCAGAUCAACAAAGUGUUCAAGGACCUGGGGACCCCCAGUGAAAAAAUCUGGCCCGGCUACAACGAGCUCCCAGCAGUGAAGAAGAUGACCUUCAGCGAGUACCCCUACAACAACCUCCGCAAGCGCUUCGGGGCCCUGCUCUCAGACCAGGGCUUCGACCUUAUGAACAAGUUCCUGACCUACUUUCCCGGGAGGAGGAUCAGCGCUGAGGAUGGCCUCAAGCACGAGUAUUUCCGCGAGACUCCCCUCCCCAUCGAUCCUUCCAUGUUCCCCACGUGGCCCGCCAAGAGUGAGCAGCAGCGUGUGAAGCGGGGCACCAGCCCCAGGCCCCCUGAGGGAGGCCUGGGCUACAGCCAGCUGGGCGACGACGACCUGAAGGAGACGGGCUUCCACCUUACCACCACGAACCAGGGGGCCUCAGCUGCGGGCCCCGGCUUCAGCCUCAAGUUCUGAAGGUCAUAGUGGACCCCGUCAUGGGGAGAACUCAGCCGGGACCGCAGGCGCGGCUCCUGCGGUUGGAGCUGCCAUGAGACUCAGAACUCCUCAUCUUAUUUCGUGUUCCAUGUUUUGUUUUUGUAUUUUGGUUUGUAAAUUUGUAGAAUUAAAUCAUUUUCCUUGUUGUGGAGGAAAGAGCUGUGUUUUCAGGUCUCCCUGACUUGCCCAGGGAGAAGAGGGUGGGCAUCUGCGGGCACCUACUUGGGGCAGCACAAACCCCCACACACCCUCUCCCACUCGACACACCGGGCUGGCUGGGCCGUGAUUUGGAAAGGAGCGGGUGGGGGUCGGGUCGAUAUGAUCUUUGGAGCUGGAGACCUGUUUCUGUGUUGGGAUGAGUGAUGCUUUCCUGCCCCAACUCGCUCGUCCAGACCAGCGCUGUCCAUACAGGCCCCCGGCCCCCAACCCCAGGUAUUCUGGCAGCCUCAGCCGGUUUUUAUACAAGGUUGUUAUGAGUUUUAAAAUGUAUUAAAAUAUUCUUGGAGGAAA